AUGGACAGAACCGAAGGAGAUAUUUAUGGUUGGGGAUGGAAUGGUUAUGGACAAUUAGGAAUUUUGCCUGAAGAAUGUUCAAUACAACCAACUCCAUAUCCUUUUGAUUUGCCUGAUAUUUUAGAUGAAAAGGUAGAGAGUAUUAAUUGUGUUGGAAAUAAUUCUUUUAUUAAAUUCUCAAAUGGAAAGAAUUUUUGUUUUGGUGAAUUAGAAAAAUCUUCUUACAUGGAUUCUAAAGAAUUGGAAGGGGAUGCUUCCACAUCAACAAUAAAAGAUUUUGAAUCUGAUGAUCAACCAGAAAUGAAACGUGCUAGACAUCAUAGAAAUUUACAUGUUGCUGUAGCUGGUUGUUCUCAUGGUCAAAUGGAUACAAUAUAUGAACGUUUAACAAAUGUAGAAAAGCAAAGAAAUGUAAAAUUUGACUUACUUUUAUGUUGUGGGGACUUUCAAGCAAUUCGAAAUCAUGGAGAUCUUCAUUAUUUUCAUGCCCCGCCACAUCAUCGCAAACUUGGAACAUUUUACAAGUAUUAUAGUGGAGAAAAGAUAGCCCCCAUUCUUACUUUAUUUAUUGGAGGAAAUCAUGAAAGUAGUGGUUAUAUGGCUGAAUUACCUUAUGGAGGUUGGGUAGCACCGAAUAUUUGGUAUAUGGGCUACGCUUCGGUCAUUCAAUUUGCCGGUUUACGUAUUGCUGGGCUGUCGGGAAUUUUUAAAUCAAAUGAUUACAAUAAGGGUCAUUUUGAACGUCCACCAUUUCAAGAACAUGGUUCUGUUGUUUCUGCUUAUCAUGUUCAUUCUAAAAUUGAUAUUUGUAUGUCUCAUGACUGGCCGGCAGGAAUUACUGACUUUGGAGAUUGUAAUUGGUUAUUGAAAAGAAAACCUUAUUUUGCUGAAGAUAUUCAAUUUAAUAGACUUGGAAAUCCGGCAACAAUGAAUCUUCUUCAUGAAUUAAAACCUUUGCAUUGGUUUGCAGCCCAUUUACAUGUUCGUUUUACUGCUGUUGUACAUCAUAAUAAAGAUGAUGAAGAGAAAGGAACUCAAACAGAUGAAAUAAAAUCUUCGAUAAAUUCUUCUCGAGUUACAAACUUUUUGGCAUUGGACAAACCUAUGGGCAAUGAUAAUCGACGUAGAUUUUUGGAAUAUAUUGAUAUACCUAUUUCUGAAGAUUCUUCUAUGGAAUUGUGUUAUGAUCCUAUAUGGCUUGCUAUACUUCGAACAACAGAUCAUUUAACAAAAUUUACGGACCGUUUUAUUAAUUUACCUCUUGAAACACCAUCAAAAAAUGUUGAGGAAAUAACAGAACGUUUCGACUUUCGCCCAACAAAAGAAGAAUUAGAAACUGUCAAUACUUUAUUUUCUUCUGAUUUUCAUAUUCCUUUAAGUUUUCAACGUACAGCACCGCCAGAAAUUGAACCUUUGAUAGGCAAAGGAAAACCUAAUCGACAACCUAGUUUAUAUUAUCGAAAUCCUCAAAGUCAACAAUUUUGUGAAAAACUUGGAAUUCAAGAUUUAAAUCUUCAAUUUGCUCAAGCUUCAGUAAAUUACCUUGGAAUUCCUUAUUUUCUUUCCAAAAAUACACAAUCAUCGAUUAGUGAGGAAAUCAGUACAAAAACAACCAAUGAAUCAACGAACAAUGGAAAGAAUCCAGAAGAAAUUGAUUUGGAAGAAGAUGAGUUUGGUCAAAAUGAUUUUAUUGUUGAUGUUAAAGGUUCUUUAAAGAAUUCAGAGAAUGAUGAAAAAUAA